AUUGAUCUGUUAUUGCAUCAACAACAUGGAUAACGGGACAGGUCCGCCAACAUCACAAGAAACGUUACUAUUGCAUUAGUUGCAAUUACAUAGCAGCUGUUUCUGCAGGGACCGUCGCUACUUCAAUGGCCCACGGGUGAUGCAAAGAACGAUGCGGCACCACUGGCUGCUCGUCGGGGCUUGCGGCUGGGUGUUGCUCAUCCUGGUGUUUGCCAACAAGUUUAUCAAUUUCAACGCCAGAGACACGGAUGACUAUGGGGAGAAGACCGAGAUUCAAAUUUGGACACAACCAGGAGUUAAGACCACCAAAUUGCUUCCAGCUCAGAAAUCAGAAAGAAGAGCUCCCAAGUCAUCAGACGUGUCCACAGUAGGCCCCUCCUCCAUGUCCGACCCAACAGACUGGAACACUGUGGAGACGAGGCGUCUGGAGCUGCUGUCCGCCGUGUGUAACAACAACUCCCUCAGGAACCUCACUCACACCUCAAUCAACAAGUUUGUCUUGGACCGCAUCUUUGUGUGCGACAAGCACAAGAUCCUCUUCUGCCAGACCCCCAAAGUGGGCAACACUCAAUGGAAGAAGGUCCUCAUCGUUCUCAAUGGAGUGUUCUCCACUGUGGAGGAGAUCCCAGAGAACCUGGUUCAUGACCAUGAGAAGAACGGCCUGCCCCGCCUCUCCUCUCUGACAGAGAAAGAAAUCACUGAAAGGUUAGCCACGUACUUCAAGUUCUUCAUCGUCAGAGACCCGUUCGAGCGCCUCAUCUCCGCCUUCAAGGACAAGUUUGUGAAGAACCCGCGCUUCGAGCCCUGGUACAAGCACGACAUCGCUCCCGCCAUAAUCCGCAAGUACCGCAAGAGCCACCGUGACAACGACAACAACAAGGCGACCACGGGCCUGCGCUUCGAGGACUUCAUCCGUUACCUGGGUGACGAGCCUGGGCGCCGACGCAUGGACCGUCAGUUCGGGGAGCAUGUUAUCCACUGGGUGACGUACGCGGAACUCUGCGCCCCCUGUGACAUCACGUACAGCGUCGUGGGGCACCACGAAACUCUAGAACGCGAUGCCCCCUACAUCCUCAAAGCUGCCGGGAUAGACCGCCUGGUAUCGUACCCCACAAUCCCCCCGGGGAUCACCCGUUACAACCGGACCAAGGUGGAGCGCUACUUCUCAGGCAUCAGCAAGCGGGACGUCAGGCGGCUUUACGCCCGGUACCAAGGAGACUUCAGCCUCUUUGGCUACCCCAGCCCGGACUUCCUGCUAAACUGAAUGACAACGACACUAAAGAAAGACUGUUGUGUUGCAAUGAUAUUAUAAUAUAAUGUUUCUCUAAUCUAACAUGCAUCUUAAUCAGUGUGUGGUUUACUGAAGAGGUAGGGAGGGUGUAGCCAACUAGCUGCCUAGCCUGGCUGCUCUAACUAGGAGCCAUAGUAGAGACUAGUGAUCCCCACCGUCCGGGUUCAAGCCAGGCCAGGGAGGGAUGGAGACUACAGGUUGGUCUGAUAUAACAUGCUGAGCUGCUGUAGGAUGAUCGUCACUCCUCUACCUGGCUGACGGUACUUCCUGCCUCGACCUAGCAACUUUUCCUGCCUCUACCUAGCAACUUUCACCAUGGGCGAUGACUGUACUACAUGUCUCUACUUCCUGGUAGCCGUCACCAUGGUGGUCAUGAAUGGCAUGAGGACUGAGGUGAUGGAGAGUUACUUACUAUGGUCACGGUUAAUGGCUGUAUUCGCCAUACGACCAAUGAAUUAAGUGCCACAUUUUAAUGUUAUUUAACAAAGCUUUUUGUAUUAUAAUAAUGAGUUAAUUUAAAGCAGAGAUUACUGUUACAUACUGUGCUAAAUGGUACCCUCUGUACUACUUCCACACAAAGCAGAUCUGCUGCUGGAACUGCAUUAUGGACUAACAAUAUAGUGGGUCUGGGAGACAGUAGCCUGGUUAAACCAGACUGAAUGCUUAGCACACCAUUGAAACGUAGCAGAAUCAGUUUGAAUGCCAGGCUAGAGAUGGUCUGGUAACAAUAUCAGAGCCCCAGCUCUCCUCCCUCCAGUCUAACCACUCAUACAGAGUAGAGCAACAACAUCUAGUUUCAACAAUCGGCACCUAUAGAAAUUCUGUGAGUGCUGGGUGGGAGGAGUCAGUCUGAUAUGCCUGUGGUCAGGUGGCAGGUUCACAGUGGCAUAACUCCUGCUGAUUGGCUGAAGCUAGUACCGCAGAUAAUAUGCCUGUAUUGUCAUGGCUGUACAGUUCCCGGGCCUUACCUCAUGUUCCCGUCCAGUACAGUAGACACACAUACAGACAGAUAUAUAUGAAAAAAGUAUGCACUCACUAACUGUAAGUCGCUCUGGAUAAGAGCGUCUGCUAAAUGACUAAAAUGUAAUAUAGAUGUCCUUCAGGGUUAAUCCAGUUAAAUCCAGCCCAGACGGAUAAUAAUCUGGGAUCAUGACAAUCUGGAUUGGAGGCAUACAGCCAACCCGCUUCUAUACCCAUACGUAUGUCAAAGAUGGUGGAUGAACGAAGAUGUCUUACUCAGGCUGUUUACUUUCUACUUAAGUCCCGUAGACACCAAUGCGAUAGCAGCUGUGUCUGGUCUACUUAGUUCAUUGACUGUAUAUAAACCAUUUAAAAAAAAGAGGGAGUGGGAUGCUUCCUCUUCUGUCUCAACUUGCCACCUGUAAGGGCAGUACAAUAAACUACAGUGACACUGUACUUGGGAGAAGGAAUUAUUUUCUUAAAUUUUCUCAUCUUCAGAACUGUUAUUUCACAAUUGACUUCCAUGAAUUGUCUUAUUCUUCAUCCUAAACAAGACACCGUCCAAUGGCGCCCAUGAAGAGAAGUGAGUGACAGCUUCCUGUUGAUCUUUUUAAAUCAACCAAUGUUUGGUAUGUUCAGUCACAUUGUAUUGACAGAGCUAGGCGACCAGGCGAUGGGUACUGAGUAAUAAAGGUUUCAUGUAAAAUAUA